AUGACUUUCUUCAGGGUGCUGCACAUCACAGCUCUGUUGCUGAUGCAAGGGGAUUUUCCAGGAGCUGGAGGUGAAACCAUAACUCUAAAGGAAGGAGAGGACCUGAAUCUCCGCUGCACCCUCAGCAGUGACGAUGGUUCUGCCCGGCAGUGGUUAAAUCCUCGUGGGUUUGCCAUUUUUCUCAACACCCAGCGGGCUUUAAGAGAUCAGAGGUACAAGCUUAUCCAUUAUUCAAAGGAUGAAUUAUCCAUUCAACUGUCUAAUGUAACAGUGCACGAUGAAGGUGUAUAUAAAUGCUUCUACUAUGGCAUCCCCUUCAAAAGUAAGAACAAGACUGUUAAGGUAUUAGCUGCUCCUUCUAAUCCAGUACUGGAAGUAUCCAGACACACAGAAAGAAGUAUUACACUGUCUUGCUAUACCCAAGGAUGUAAACCACAGGCCCGGAUUACCUGGCUGUUGGGCAACGGGAUAGAGCUCCCUGGUGACACUAAGCACAAGUUAGAAGCUGAUGGGAAGAAAUGGACCACAACCAGCGCGCUGACAGUCAUCGCCUAUGGACCCAAUUCAACAGCCAGCUGCAUUGUUCGCCACCAAGCACUAGGAAAAGGGAAGCUGAUGGCAUCUUUCCAGUUUGAUGACCUUGUAAGGACAGUGGCAAAAACAACUCUGGCACCAUCUACACUAGAGGUGGAUACACGUGUCUCUGAAAACGAGCAAACUACAGUGACCGCAGCAGUGUCAGAUCUGAACAGCAGCACAGCCUCUGCUCCAACCUACCUACUUGUGUCUUCUGAUAUUUGUCUUGUGUUUGGGGAAGUUCCUUUAGGAUCCAAACAACCAACGCUACUUCCUUCUGCAGUACCAGAGGAUCCACUAGUUCUCAGCUCAGCACCAACACCAACUCAGCAAACCCUCCAACCAGAUGUCACAUCUACUUUGACUGAAAUAGCAUUCAGUGGCAACGUCACAGAAGAGGAAGUUUCCAGGACAGAAGCCCCUCUACCAAGUGGAAAUGUAACUGUGAUUUCCAUCAUGACCUUUGACAAAGAUGUGAAACCUGAAGGCAUAGGAAAGAAAGAGAAAAAUCUCUUGCUGCCCAUCUUGGUGGCUGCUCUGAUUUUCGUGCUGCUCAUCAUUGUCCUGCUUUUUAUGAAGAAGCUGAAGAAAGCUCAUGGAGCGUGGAAGAGAGAAAAUGAUGUUUCAGACCAGACUCUGGAGAGUUAUAAAUCCAAAUCUAAUGAAGACAGUCCAGGCCAUGAGAAGAAUGGACACGGUGUCAAUCAGAAGUCCAACAUGCAAUAUGUAACAGAAGGAUAUGUGAAAACAGUGCAGAAGAAUCCCAGAGACACAACCGUUGCAAUAAAUAAGAAACAGUUUGGAUGUGGAAAAGAAACAGAUGUAUAG